UGCUAAUUUCCUGCCCAGGUACGCCAGAGUCGCUGGAAGAGAAGGAGCGCCAGCUUUCCACCAUGAUCGGUCAGCUGAUCAGCCUGAGGGAGCAGCUUCUUGCCGCCCAUGAUGAGCAAAAAAAGAUGGCCGCCUCGCAGCUGGAGAAGCAGAGACAACAGAUGGAGCUGGCCAGGCAGCAGCAGGAGCAGAUUGCCAGACAGCAGCAGCAGCUGUUGCAGCAGCAGCACAAGAUAAACAUUCUUCAGCAACAGAUCCAGGUCCAGGGUCAUAUGCCUCCUCUGAUGAUACCAGUGUUUCCUCACGACCAGCGGUCUCUGGCUGCAGCUGCCGCAGCACAGCAAGGCUUCCUUUUUCCACCAGGCAUGUCCUAUAAGCCAGGUGAGAAUUACCCAAUGCAGUUCAUUCCAUCUGCAAUGGCAGCUGCAGCAGCGUCUGGACUCAGCCCGUUACAACUACAGCAGCUGUAUGCCGCCCAGCUGGCAAGCAUGCAGAUCUCACCAGGAGCCAAGAUGGCUCCCCUCCCACAAGCUCCCAACUCCUCCAGUCCUCUUUCUCCCUCCACCCUCAAGAGCGAGAAGCGAGCAUCCAGCCCUGUCUCUCAGAUUAAGGAGGAAGGAUCCACACAGCCACUGAACCUCUCAGCUAGACCCAAGACAGCUGAACCUCUUCGCUCCCCGACAUCCCCAACACAGAGUCUGUUCUCUGGAAACAAGACCAGCCCCACAGGCAUGGGCAAAGGCCGCAUCCCCAGCCCAAUUCCCAGCAUGGGCCGGAACACCUCCCUGGACAUCUUGUCCAGUCUCAACUCCACAGCACUGUUUGGGGACCAGGAUGCAGUGAUGAAGGCCAUCCAAGAGGCCAGGAGCAUGAGGGAGCAGAUCCAGAGGGAGCAGCUCCACCAACAGCAGCAGCAGCCAGGACACCAGAGUCUGGAAGCAAAGCUGUCUGCCCUCAGCAGCAUGAACCUCAACAACGGCAACAAGGAGCGGCUGCACUAUGAGACACUGAGCCAGCACCUGGGGAAGCUCGGAGAGGAUGCUGGGAAGAUGGUUCAUCGAGUCAUUGACCUGACAAGACCAGAAGAUUUAGAUGGGAGUAACAUCGCAGAGGCACGGGUGUUCAGAGAGGCACGAGGCAGGAACAACAGCGAGCCCCACAUUAAGAGGCCCAUGAACGCCUUCAUGGUGUGGGCCAAAGAUGAGAGGAGGAAGAUCCUGCAGACCUUCCCCGACAUGCACAACUCCAACAUCAGCAAGAUCCUUGGCUCUCGCUGGAAAGCCAUGACAAACCAGGAAAAGCAGCCAUAUUACGAGGAGCAGGCCCGCUUAAGCAAGAUCCACUUGGAGAAAUAUCCCAACUACAAGUACAAGCCACGGCCCAAGAGAACCUGCAUCAUUGAUGGCAAGAAGCUACGCAUCGGGGAGUACAAGCAGAUGAUGCGUUCACGGCGUCAGGAAAUGAGGCAGUUCUUUGUGGGGCCUCAGCCACCCAUUUCUCUGGGCAACAGUCCUGGAAGUGUAGGAGUUUACCCGGGUGCCAUAAGUAUGGCAACAGCAGCUACACCAUCCCCACAUCUGACCUCAGACUGCUCCAGCAACUCGGCCAGUCCUGAUCCUGCCAUCCCCGUCAUUCAGAGCACGUACGGUGUAAAGUCUGAGCCUGGCAGUGGAGGAGGCAGCAAUGGCAGUGUGAUCGGAGCCUUGGAUCUGCCCAGCGACCCCAAUAAUGGAGACAAUGACAUGGACAUGUAUGAGGACUUUGAGGAUGAGCCCAAGUCAGACUAUAGCAGCGACCACGAGACACAUGAGGCUGUCAGUGCCAACUGAGUAAGCUCAGGGUGUCAAAUGUAAAAAAAGAAAAAAGAGAACAACUCCCAUUAUAGUCAGAGACAUUUCUUAAAAAGACAUUUUAUUACUGAAACCUUCAGUUUAACUUUUCAGGACAUGUUGCGUCAUGCACUGAGCAUGCCCCAACAGGAUUUCAAAUCAGCUCAGACAUGUUUAGAAAGUUCUGGGAUAGUAUCUUUGAUGGACGCCCAUUUGAAGAAAUGGAAAAACGAAGGAAUAGGAAAAACGUGACCCAAGAAUACAGUCUGAUCAAUCUUCAGAUGUCCAGCUGACAGUGAACUUCACUUUCCUCUACUUUGACAAUCUUAACAGGAGCGAGAAAAAAAAAGAGUUAGACAACAGAGGAUGAGAGAGAAUGGGACAAAGAACAAACGAGCGACGAACACAUUGCUGUGUAGUUUGUAAAAGGGCAUGCAUGGAUUUCGAAGAAUUAGGAAUCGGUCUUCAACAGCUAUUUGGUCUUAAAUGUUUAAGGAGUGAUUUAGUUUUCAUUGUUAUGUAUUUACUUUUUGUCUUUUUUUUUCCUUUUUGCUUUUUUUGUUCUAUAGACUUUUUUCUGACAGGUCACUGCCUGUACAAACUCUAGACUGUCGGAACUUGAAAUUUGGAAAGUUUUUAAUAUAAAUCCUAGCUCUUGUAACCUUAUAGUCUUACUUUUGUUUCUUACGAUUUCUUUGCUACACACUUUUUUUUCUGACAAACUGCUUACCUUACAUUACUGUUUCUUUUUUUAAAAUAUCCCAGCUCAGGUAUGAUGUGCCAGCUUGUGAAUGUGUUAUUUGUUUUGUUUGUUUUCAUACAAAAAGAGUGGUAGGACUUUUCAGACUGUCAAUGAAAUAAAGGGAGCAAAUUCCCUUACAUUAUUAUUAUUAUUAUUAUUAUUAUUAUUAUUAUUAUUAUUAUUAUUAAAUAAGUAAGUAAGUACCCAUAAAUUGUACAGAUUUUCUUCAAAUGUGCCAAACAUUCACAUUCACUUGGGAUGUUGUAGUCUUAAUUUCCAAUGCUGCAAAAGUCUUAUACAAUCAAUUUUUUCUAUUUGAUGAAGUGGGUUCCUACUCAUCAACUGCUGGCUCCCCUCCUGGCCCAAACACAAACAGUGCUCAGGGAGGUUAUUUUUUCAUCACACUUGCUUAGUCUCACACACACACAGAAUGUCGUUCUCUGGCAGACCCUAUGGCUCUGAGACGUAGUUAGAAGAGCAGCAUCGAAGGCGCCUAUUCCUUUAUUCCACUGCACUAGUGCUUCCAUAAACCACACUGCCCAAUGUUCUUUGAGGCCAAAUGCAUUAAGUGCAGUGCAGUAUUAGAAAUGUUUCUGUCCCUUUAAAACAGGCUAAAGGUAAAGGUAGCCUUUAGCUUGAUUUCACUUUAGGAAUCCCCCUAGUCUUAAAAGUGAACCUUUGAAUCUGUUCAUUCAGUUGGAAUAGGAAGAUGAAGGUGCACCCCUGGAUGACCCUAUUGUAGGAUAAGAAAUUGUAAUAUCAUGAAUCCCUUCACUGUAUUGUGUUUAGCAUUGGUACAAAAAUGUAACAAAUAUUACUUCUUUUAUUAGCUUGUUAAUUUUUAAAUGUCUUCUUAGCAUUAUGUUGGAAAUAUAUGCCAAACUUGUGUUUUAAAAAAUUAUUUAUAUAGUUACAAAAAAAAUGGGUUUAAUAGGUCCGCUGUUUCAAAAGGGUACCUUUUUUUUUCUACACUGCAUUUGUAUUUUGAACAUGAGCAAAUUAUUAAGAGAAUAUUAGCGAAGGGGAAAGGUGCUUAACCAGUCUGCCUCUCAGUAACCACCGCCCCAGUCAGAGCACACAAGUUUUUCCACUCAUCUGAAGCGAGAUGUUUCUCUAUUGUCUCGAUGCAGCACAGCAGUCAGCAGUCCCUGUUUUACUCAAAUGUCUCUGCAGACGAAUCUUAGUUUUACUCUUUUCAAAGCAUUCUCUGAAAUUUUUAAUGUUUCCAUUCUUAAAACGUGUGACCUCGGGUGGUUUCUGGGUGCUCUGUUCAGCUGCUUCGGUCAUCUUGAUCCCAAAUUUCUCUUCACGACCAUAUCUGGCGGUUUUUACUUGGAAAAUGCUUCACAAGCUGGGACUGAACACUGAUUUUGCUUGUGUUACAUAAAAAAAAGCCUCGUGCAUAGACAUUUCUGUUAGUCUCAUACACAUCCUAAGCACUGGAUAUGAAUCUGUUUUUUUGUUUGUUUUUGUUUUUUAGUAUUGACUAAUGUGAAGUUGUUGUUUGAUUUUUAAACAUGAUAUAUUAGUCAGUUAAAAGUCACAUUUUUGAAGCCUGGUACAUGCGAGGCACCAGUAAAUUGCCAUUUCUUUGGAAGCAUUUCAUUUAUUUAAGCAGAUCUUGUUGCCGCAGCUCUAGUAUCACCUGAAGGGGUCUCAUCGCCUCUGAUCUCUUUGGAAAGGUAACCUCAUGCUCUUGUCAGUUGUGACCCGCAGAGGAAGAACAUAGCAUUUCCUGGUCACACACAUUUUUUUUUUGUGAUGAGUAUUGUAUUUGAAAUCCAAUUGUGCGUUUUAACAUUUCAUUGUAUUUAUUAGCCAGCUUUGGCUCUAAAAAGUGUCAGUACAACUUGGUGAGAAAGACAAUCAAAAAAUAUAUAUAAAUAAAAAAAAGUAAAGACUUGA